CCUGCACAUAUGGCACAGGUGGACCCCCAGGAUGGACAGGGUGAGGUAUCUCCUCUCUGCAGCUAUGACCCCCGGAUGCGACGCAUGAACUUGGGGAGUGAGGAUGAGGACCGUGGACAGGCAGGAGACAAAGGGGGCACUGGUGACACUGGUCAGUGGGCCCAUUCAAGGCUCAGCUCCCAAGGGACUCAGGACAAAACUGACUUGCCAUGGCAGCAUCCGUUCCACAAAAAGGAAGAGAAAUUCUCUGACUCCUUUAGUGCAGGAGUUGUGGGGAAGAAACCUAUGGCAAUGCCUAGGAAGAAGGCCAGCUGGGAAAGAGACGAGUCAAAGAUCACCCUGACUCAGGACUCCCCCAGAGCAAGCACAACUCCCAGUGGCCUCCCCAGCAGCUUCUCACACAAGGGGUUUGGUCAGGUGCAACCUCCUAGGGACCCAUUACCUGCUGGCAAUGAUGGAGACUGGAGGGCAAACCUGGACACUGCUCUAGGUAUCCCAUCCAACUUCCCUGGUUCUGGAAGAUAUUUCUGUGCACAGAAAGGGGUAGACAAGUCCCCAGACAGCUCCUCUCCAGCUUGUGUCCCCAAGGCGGCGGGCAGUUGGGACCCCUCCACGCAGAAGACACAUAUACCAGCCCAGGGGUCGGCCACCCCAGCCAACCUGGCAGCAGAGGCGCUGGCCAAAGUGCGGAAGGGCUUUAAGGACCAGAACCCGGCGGGCGCCGGGGAGGGCGGGCAGAGGCAGGCGUGUCCCCACAAGCGCCGGUGGGGCGGGCAGGCCUUCCAGAAGCCGCCUGGCGCCAAGCCUUACACGUGCGAGCUGUGCGGGAAGGUGUACUCCCACCGGGGCACUCUCCAGCAGCACCAGCGCGUGCACUCGGGCGAACGACCCUACCGGUGCCCCUUCUGCGACAAAGCCUACACGUGGUCCUCGGACCACCGCAAGCACAUCCGCACGCACACGGGCGAGAAACCCUACCCUUGCCCGGACUGCCGCAAGGCCUUCGUGCGCUCCUCCGACCUGCGCAAACACCAGCGCAACAUGCACAGCAACGACAAGCCCUUCCCGUGUGCCGAGUGCGGCCUGACCUUCAACAAGCCGCUGUCGCUGCUGCGCCACCAGCGCACGCACCUGGGCGAGAAGCCCUUCCGCUGCCCCACCUGCGACCGGGAGUUCGCCGUGGCCAGUCGGAUGAUGGAGCACCAACGCGUGCACUCGGGCGAGAGGCCCUUCCCCUGCCCCACCUGCGGCAAGUGCUUCACCAAAUCCUCCAACCUGAUCGAGCAUCAGACGCUGCACACGGGCCAGAGGCCCUUCAAGUGCGCUGACUGCGGCGUGGCCUUCGCGCAGCCCUCGCGCCUCGCGCGCCACCAGCGCAUCCACACGGGCGAGAGGCCCUUUCCUUGCGCGCAGUGUGGCCAGGCCUUUGCGCGCUCCUCCACCCUGAAGCGGCACCAACAGAUCCACUCCGGGAAGAAGGGCUUCCUCUGCGCCGAGUGCGGCAGGGCUUUCCGCAUUGCCUCGGAGCUGGCCCAGCACAUUCGGGUGCACAACGGGGAGAGGCCCUACCAGUGUGAGGACUGCGGCCAGGCCUUCACCAGCUCCAACCACCUCCAACGACAUCGAGCCAAGCACCGCAGCUGCAAGAAGGAGCCCAUCCCCUCCUCCUCGGACGAGUGAGGGCUCCAUCAGCUGACUCUCAGGGAAGGUGAAGACAUGGCCGACCUCGGAUGCAGUGACGAAAAAAACUAGCCCAUUCUGCCCUCAAAGCCAUGUGCAAAUACCGAGAAGGUCCGGGCUGGUCCUGUCUAGAGAAAGGUACUUUUCUGUUUUUAUGUAAAUAAAGGAAUCCCCAGAUGUGGUCUCUAUGGAGGAAUCUUCCAAAGCAGCAAAUUAUACCUGGGGGUAACUCAAACCCAUCCAAAUGGCUCAGCAUUUCACUUUCCUAACGAAAUGACUUUACCCUGGGGAAUGUCUUUAUGAGUCAUGGCUUUGAAUUAGAGAAGGCCUUUAUCUUAAAGAGAGGGGCGUUUAUGUCCUAUAUUUAGGACCCAGUUAUCCUAGAAAUCCAGAACAGCCUUAGCCUCUGAAAAAGAAGAAGCCCGCUUCUCUUCACAGUGGAGCUUAGUAACUGGAACUAAUCUGAGUCUCACCCGCAAAAUUCACAGGUGCCUCCUCUCUGGCUACCU